AUGAGAGAGAGUAGCCAUAGACCUCUCAUAUUUGGAACCCCUUUCCUGUCUACUGUGGGUGCCAUAUUUGAUUUCCCCAAUCAAAGAAUCUCUUUCAACAAGGUGAACAAGGGUAUGUUCUUCCCUAUGUGUUCAACAAAGAACUCUUUUGUUGACAUGGUCCAAGAGGAGAAAGUUACUUUGAAGCCACCCCAAGAAGGAGAAACUGAAGAAACAAUCAAGGAAGAUCCCAUUCCUAAGCCCAAGCAGCUUGCCAAACAAGCAAGGAGUAAGACUAAGGCCCCUACACCAAAACCGCCCAAGGGAUCAACCAAGAUUGAAGAUGAGGCCAAGCCAAGAAGAAGGUUAGAAAGCCUAGAUAGGAUAGAAGGAGAAAAAGGUGUGAAAACACAAUCCGCGCCAAAACAUUGGCCGCGGACGCGCAAAAGAAUUUUGGCCGAGCAAUUCUCAUGGCCGACCGUACGGUCGAGCCGGGAAGGAAUAGCCGUGCUCGGCCGGAUUAUCUAUUGCGCGACAGAAACCGUUCGCGCGACGCACGAACCGGGAAGAAAUAGGCCGCGAUCGGCCGAUUUUGUAUCGGAACGGACCGACCGUGCCGGUCGAUCCGGGAAACAAACUCGGCCUCGGCCGAAAUCUCUCGCCAAACGAAUUUGGCCGACCAAAUCGCUCGACCGCGAAUCGGCCAUCGGCCCAAAACUUUUCUCGGCCAAGGUAAGUCCCCUUUUCAUUAAUUCAAACCGGUUUUAA